AGUACAGUUGCGCAGAAGUGCUGACUAAUUUUUACUGUUUUAAAAACAUAUUUCACUAAAUAUAGAUAUUUUUAAUAUAAAUAUUCAAAGGUCAUCAAAAUUAAAGCAGUGAUUCGCAUUUUAACGCUUAGUACUCUAAAAUAAAUUGAAACUUAACGUUUGUGUUCUUUGUGUUAAAUAACGGAAAAAGAAAAUGAAGAUGUUUAUUUUAUUAACAACAAUUUUAUUAUUUACAUCUGUGAAUUCAUUCACUAAUAUUUACAGUAAAAUACCUUCACUCCCAGUUACUGUGGAUCCAGGACCAGCAUUGUAUUUAACACCUUUUAUAGAACAAGGUAAAAUAGAUGAAGCCAAAAAACUUGCCAUAGUAAAGUUUAAUGGAUUUAAAAACGUUCUUGCUUAUUCUGGUUAUUUAACUGUGAAUAAACAGUACAAUUCAAACAUGUUCUUCUGGUUUUUCCCAUCCUUUACAAACUAUAAAGUCGAUCCAGUUAUUUUAUGGUUACAAGGGGGACCAGGCGCAAGUUCUUUAAUUGGAUUAUUUGCUGAAAAUGGACCAUUUCGACCAAAAACUCACGGUGUUAAAUUAAGAAAAUAUUCUUGGGUACAAACUCAUUCAGUAAUUUAUAUUGAUAACCCAGUAGGGACAGGAUAUAGUUUUACGAAUGGUGGUUAUGCUCAAAAUGAAACAGCUGUUGGAAAUGAUUUGUACCAAGCUCUUUUACAAUUUUUUCAAUUAUUUCCUGAAUUACAAAAAAAUGAUUUCUUUGUAACUGGUGAAUCUUAUGCAGGAAAAUAUGUUCCAGCUGUUUCUUAUACAAUCCAUAAAAAUAAUCCAUCUGCAAAACUUAAAAUAAAUCUUAAAGGAUUAGCCAUAGGAAACGGUUUAUGUGAUCCAAUAAACCAAUUAAAAUACAGUGAUUAUCUUUAUCAAAUAGGAUUGAUUGAUAUAAACGCUAAGAAGUUAGUGCAAGAUUAUGAAGCUAAAGGAGUGGAAUUAAUGAAAAACAAGAAAUGGAUAGAAGCGUUUCAUUUAUUUGAUAACCUCCUCAAUGGUGAUCUUAAUAAUCACACAUCCAUUUUUAAAAAUAUAACUGGUUUUGAUAAUUAUUAUAAUUAUCUCAUAUCAUAUGAUCCAGAUGAUACUAUUAAACAAAUGGGGAUAUAUAUACAAAAGUCAGAAGUUAGAAAUGCUAUUCAUGUAGGAAAUAACACUUUUAAUGGUGUAGCACAAGAAGUGGAGUUAAAUUUAAUGAACGAUGUGAUGCAAUCAGUGGCACCAUGGAUAUCAGAAUUGCUAAGCAAUUAUCGCGUCAUGAUUUAUAAUGGACAAUUGGAUAUUAUUGUGGCUUAUCCAUUAACAGUUAACUUUCUUCAGAAUCUGCAAUUUUCUGCUGCUGAAGAAUACAAAACUGCUUCGAGACACAUUUGGGUUGUAGGAAAUGAUAUUGGUGGUUAUGUAAAAGUAGCUGGAAAUCUCACUGAGGUUUUAGUUAGAAAUGCUGGACAUAUGGUUCCUGGAGAUCAACCACAAUUUGGUUUUGAUUUAAUAUCUAGAUUUACUAGAAAUAAACCGUUUUAUUAAAAAAAAAUUGUAUUUAGUAUUAUAAGUUUUAGUUAAUAAAGCUUUUUAUAGUUGAA